GAUGUGAUCCUGUAUAUACAGCCGGGUAUAAGAGUGAUGGUGGGUGGUGGAAGGAUCCAACCCUCGAGUGUGCCGCCUCUACUGUGUGCUGGUGAGCAACAAGGGUCUGGUGCCUGGCCCUGAGACAGUGUCUACCACCACUCUGAUGUGGAAAAUGUUUCCAAGUGGGAAUCCUAGUGAAGCUGCCUUCAGAGAAUGGAAAGGCAUUGAUGGAAGAGGAAAUUCACGAGGAGGUCGAGGAAGAGGUCGAGGCAGAUUCAGAGGGAGAGGAAGAGGAAGAGGCAGUCAAGAUGGUGUUGGAAAUGUUGAUGAAUUACCCAAGGACAUGAUUGAACCCUGUAAAGUGUACAUUGGAAAUUUACGACCCAGAAUUACCGAGAAGGAUUUGAGCACAGCAUUAUCACACUAUGUAAAGGUGGUGAAAGCUAUCAUCAUCAAAGAUAAGAACACAAGACGAAGUAAAGGAUAUGGUUUUGUCACGGUUGAAAAUCCUGAAGAUGUGCAGACAUUGUUAAACUUAAAGUAUGGAAAUCUUUACAUACAAGGACAGCAAAUGGUCAUUAAACCAGCUAGAAAACGAGUUACACUGCCUGGGGAUGACGAUUUUGUGCGUCGCCCUCUACCUGAUCGUGACUUUGAUUUAAGCCUUCCUGAUCCAGACAGUCCUACCAUUCACAUGCUUGUAGACGAUGUUCUUUACAAGAUCCUGGAAUAUUUAUCUAUACCAGAAUUAGUGAGCUGUGAAAGAGUGUGUCGACGGUGGCAGAUGUUGGUUCAUGGGAUGUUUACAAAAAUGAGUUCAUUGGAAAUAGCACCAGAGAAAUUAGGGCUGUAUGGACCAAUAACAAGUCCCAUUCUUGGUAAACUGCUCAUUCUUGCUGGCCUUACUCUGAAAUCACUUAAGGUGCAGAGUGUGGAUUUCUGCAGUAAACGACACGUCUUGAAAAUAAUAGGUCAGUUAUGUCCUGCACUUCAGUGCCUUGAUGUUACACAAGCUUAUGGUGUUAACUUCCACAACAUUGGUGCACUUAAAGCUAACUGUAAAAAUCUGACAAGCUUCAUUGCCAAGAAAUGCCCAGAUUUUGAUGAGAAGGCAUUGCAAGAACUCUUUCAUAGUUACCCACAACUAGAACAACUCGACAUAUCUGGGUGUCCAGUUACUGGCCAGUGUUUCAAUGAUCUUCCUGUUACCCUACAGAAACUUGUUAUAUCCAACUGUCCAAGUAUUACUCCAUCAUAUAUCAGGAAAAUUGGUGAACGGUGCCCAAACAUGUCCAUACUUGAGAUGGACAAUUGUGUGAUCACUCAGGAGGCACUUGAACAUAUUGGAAAAAAAUGCACAAACAUUACACGGCUAUCUGUGUCGAUAAGGAAUUCAAAAAUCAAUGAUUCUUUGGUGCACUUCAAAAAACUCCAGGAUUUAGCUGUAGAUACAGUGUCCAUAACUCUGCCAGUUAUAUUAGAAAAUAUGCCUGAUCUUGAAAUCGUUGCUAUUGUCGAUAAGCAGAAUGCAGGUGGAGAGACAGAUUUCUCUGUUUUAAAAAAACUAAAGGCAGUAAUUUUCUACCAGCUUGCUAUAACAUCUUCAUCUUUAAGAAGUUUGGCAAAAUGUUCUGCCUUGGAGGCAGUACACUUGCAGAACUGUGCGAAUAUUACUAAUGAGAUUCUUCUGGAUAUUCUUCGAGGAUGUCCAAAUAUAAAGAGGAUACGCUGCCCAAAUGUAGAUUUAAAUUUGAGCUUCAUUGCAACUGUCAAUAAAAUAAUGGAGGGCAGAUCAGGCAAAGUAGUAAUUGAAGUUCGUGCUGAUUUACUCUCUCCCAAAGAACUUUUGGAAGCCCAGUAUGACAGUACAAAGAUAACAUUUGAUAUCAUAUCUGGUUUUUCAUUUCUUGACGACUAUGCAGAUGAUGGAGAUGAUGACUCUUUGUAUUCUGAUGGCAGCUUUGAUGAUUUCUGGAUGUAUGGCUAUGAUAGUGAUCACAGUCUUCCAGAUGCACUCUUUUAUGGCGAUCAUCUGGAUUUCCUUCAUAAUCCCUUCGAUUUGUAUGGUUUUGGGUAUGACACUGAAGGUGAUUCAGAUUUCAGCAACUGAAGAUAACUACAUUAACAAAAUAUUUUUUUUUCUGUUUAGUGCAUGCACUACUUUAAACAGUGAUGUAUUCUUAUUUUACAUAUUAGAGCCAGUUCCCUUAAAUCAUUCUCUCUCUCUCCUUUUUCUGUUUUGUCCUGUUUCACAGUAACACUGAAAUUUUUAAUAAUUGUUACAGAUAUUACAUGGAUCAUGCUAGGGAUUUUAAACAAAAUAAGAUUAAAUGUAAUGGCAUACCAUCGUACUAAACACUGUUAUUUCUUUACGUAAUUUCAUUUUUUCGUCUUUAUUGUAUAGUUACGUACUAAUUACAGUGCCAGUGCUUGAAGUACCUCUUAAUGUAUUAUAGGGGUAAUAUUUAUAUUGUACCACAUCUUCUAAGUUUUACAGCCUUCCUUUCAUUAUAUGAGACAUCUGUUAUAAUGAUAAAUGUAGAAUUAACCAAAAACCUGCACUUAGGAGAGAAACCUUAUGAUUACAUUUUGGUUUGUCUUGAACUGUUGUCAGAUUGUAAUGGUCUAGUUCAGACUGAAAUGUCAUCAUAAGGUUCCUCUCAUAAGUGCAGGUUUUGGGUGAAUUGUUCCAGCCAUGGUAUUGUGACUUGUUAUUCAUAAAUGUGGCCCUUUUUAAUUUAAUUACAGAAUUUAAAAAAUGGACAAAGUAUUUUUUCUUUAUCAUUUGAGUCUUGUGUAUAUUUGUGACUGCUGCACAUGUAAAUUGAAUAAACACUUUCUAAAAAGUUGGUCAGAAAGCUUAUUAAUAAAAAAUUGCCAAAAUCAGAAAAAAAUAUAAUUUGUAUGCCAUUUUUGAAUGAGUUUAUUGAUAGAAUAAAGCAAUGCAUUCAAAUAAGAUGUGUACUAUUGUCACAUUUUGAAGACAAAUAAAUUUGCUAUUGAGAAUAUUAGUCAUUGUAAAGUAAAGUGUUUUAAUUUAACUUUUGUAUUUAUAUUUUUUAGAAUAAAAUACAUGUAUAUACAGGGAAAAACUAAGUUUAAAAUAAAAUACGGGGAAAAGUAAGUGUUACACUGUAUAUGAAGCAUGAAAAAACAAGGAUAGAACAGCGAUUGGUGUUUUAAGUAUUUCCAUUUUGAUACUGCAAUUAGGAACAUGCUGAUAGCAGAUUAAAAGAUAAAAUACUGUAUGCAUUUCUUCCGAAGCAUAAAGGAAUAGUAAUCUAGUUAUGGUUUAACUAGAGAAAUGCACAUUGUUUAACCAAGUUACCUAAAGAUAUAGUUGCUUUCAGGAUCUGUAUUAAGUAAUUUUAACAUCAAAAAGCCUUUAAUUAAAGACUAUGGUAUCCCACUAUAAGAAGUACUAGGUACUAUAUUGCAGAUUUUGUGAGUGCACUAAUAUAUAAAUGAUAUACAACUCGUUUUAUAUUUUUCAUCUUAAUAUUUGACCCAAUGCAGUUUUUAUUAGAAAGUGAGUACAGUAUUUUGUUUUCAAAUAUUAUAUAUAUACAUAUUGAAUUUUGAAAUUAUUUUCUAAUGAAGGUAAAAGUAUGAAGAAUCACCUUCAGGUUUACUUAAAUUGUUUUACUGCAUUUUAGGAGCAUUAGAAAUUAGGAAGAUUUAAAGGAAACAAUCAUGAUACAUAUAUUGGUAAUUUCCUAAAGUGCCUUUUCAUAAACAAAUUAUUCUAAUGUAGACUGAUAGGUACUGAAAAAAUUUUUGAUAUUAAUCAUUUGCAUUUAAUUCAAAAUUACAAUUUUUUUUCAUCUUGGUUUUUACUAAAAAAAAAAAAAUUGGAGAAGAGAAUGUAAUUACUAUGCUGGUAACAGUUUUGGAUUCUGGGGCUUCGUCUUUGUUCCAGGUAGAAUAGUGCCAUAUAAAGUUCAAUAUUAAUCUGGACAUUUUUUAGUUGUUUACCCAAGGAUACAUCAAUUAUCACCUUGGAUUUUUGUGGUCCUAUUUAUUUAAAUUUAAGAGUUUGUUAUUUUUUAACAUUGCUGGUACUUUGACAUGAAUCCAUAAAAUCCAACUGGUACCUCUUUAUUUUUGAUAAUUUUCUUUUUCAUAAUGCAUAUUUCCAAAGAUUAAUUAAUGUAUACAUUUUUAUACACAACUAUGUAACUCAACCAAAAAAACAUAAAAUUGUUACCCUGA